GGAAUCCUGCACUUAAUUCUAAUCAGCAGCAGCAACAUAAAAUAAAAGUUCCUUCAAUUCAGGCUUCUGAUAAAAAUACGUCACGAGUUUCUAUUUAUUCAGUGAACUAUACGGUAGAACAUGUUGCGUACGUUUGUAAGGUCACACUUUAAGCUCCUGGCAGCGGUAUAUUUGGUAUCGGUGCUGGUUGCUCUGGCGCCAGUCAGCAGGGCAGAAAAGGAAAUACCCAUCACAAAGUUCAGCCAGGAUGUGGGGGGAUACGGGGCAACGAUGACGUUCCUGUACUGCUACUCCUGUGGAUAUCGCAAAGCAUUCGACGAUUACUAUAACAUAAUCCGCGAGAAGUAUCCGGAAAUCACGAUUCGUGGCUCUAACUAUGACCCGUCCGGGUUUAACAUGUUGCUAUCGAAGGUGAUGCUCGUCACGAAGCUGCUGUUGAUCAUUGUCCUCAUGUCAAACUACGACAUCGGACGGUACAUCGGACACCCGUUUGCCGGCUGGUGGCGGUGGUGCACCAACAACAAGAUGUACGCAUCGAUGAUGAUCUUUUUCCUCGGAAAUACACUUGAAGCACAGCUCAUAUCAUCCGGAGCGUUUGAGAUCGCACUGAACGAUGUGCCGGUGUGGUCGAAGCUAGAAACAGGCCGGUUUCCAGCCCCGAACGAAAUGUUUCAAAUCAUCGAUAGUCACCUACAAUUUGCCAACAAAAUUGAACCAAAUCCAGAUUUCGUAAAAUAAGCCGACGUUUGUCCGUAACAGAUACUCAUUUCUACCUUUCAAUAUCUCAGUUUUUAUCCUAUAAUAUCCUGCAUUUGUUUUAUGCUUCCGAUUCCAUAAAUUGUACGAAACGCAAGUUUUUCAGUUUAAGUGUUAUCCCAUUGAUUGUUUUCAACAAAGUUAUCCGUCGGAUAUCUGUAAAUGAUUUGAUUGAUGUUGUUUCUCUUCUCGCGAUUGAACAAAGCAUGGCGUAAGCCAAGUGCAAGAAUGACUAAAUUUAUGCAAAAUCUUCUAACCACACCCAGUGAAUACAAUAAGGAUCGGAAAUCGAACUGUAGUAGGCUAGUUAUAUGGCAAUCUAUUCAACGGGGUGGAACGGUAAAAUCUGAAUUAUGGUGUGGUUGAAUUGAAUGAAUAAAAUACCAAUAU